ACACGUGUAGUUGUCGGCUACCAUGACAACAUUUUAGGUCUACCAAUUGCAUGGGAGGAAGAAAAAGAGGAAAGGUGGCCAAUGGCGGGUGGCGCAGCUGCUGAAAAAGUCUUCUUCAUAGCACUGUUCAUGUUCUCUCUUUCAUUCUUUCCUUAUUUAAGGCCUUUAAGGUGGCGGCUUGGUCUGUGAUCUAGCUAGUUCCCUCCACAAUGGGCAAAGCAUCUAGUUCUUCCUCCUCUUCUAUCACCAGCAACAGAAACCCUUCUAAUUCUACUGCAUCCUCUCUCACACAGCAAAAUUCUGAAGAACUUCGCACAGAUCUUAGGCUUGGACUAGGCAUUUCCACCACUCAACAUGUUGGUUCUUCUAUUUCAAGGAGGCACUGGCAACCAAUACAGCCACAUGUGAGUAGUUUACAAAGUGGUGAAGUAAAUGAUUGCAGCGAUCAUACCAGCUUCUUUGUGAAGGUGUACAUGGAAGGAAUUCCGAUUGGUAGAAAACUCAACUUGUUAGCUCAUGAUGGGUACCACGAGUUAGUGAAGACGCUUGAACAAAUGUUUGACACUACCGUCCUCUGGGGGAGUGAGAUGGAUGGUGUGCAAUCAGAGAGGUGCCAUGUUCUAACUUAUGAAGAUGGAGAAGGAGAUUUGAUUAUGGUUGGGGAUGUUCCUUGGGAGAUAUUCUUAUCAUCUGUAAAGAGGUUGAAGAUCACAAGGGUUGAUGCAUUAGGGGGUUAAAUGCAUAUACGAUCAACUUUCGUGCUAUAGAGUGAGACUCAAAUAUAAGUGAUCACUGAUCCCUCAUGUGAUGCUAUUAGAGUAGGUCUGGAGAUAUUGGCAAGGGAUGGAGAUCAUAAGGACCAGCAAAAUCAAAGGAAAGAAAAUGAGGGGUUAAGUAAUGAUUUUUUGCCCCUUUAUUUUUGCAUAUUUAAAACUUCCAAUCUAGGAGAGCUUUGAAAUAAGAGUGCAUAAAGAAGUGUUUUGAAGGUUCGCAUAAGAAUUGCAAUUUUUUUUUCAUCCUUUUGUAAAAUAACUGAAAAUGAAGAAAACGAAAAAAAAAAAAAACUUUUUUGUCGACACCUCUACUGGCUUUACAUUCUUUCAAGUUUCUAGAAGUCAACUUUUAGCUUCUCUCAUUGCCGACAUAAUUUCCCCGUUUGUUAAGACCCAGUUCCUCCGCAUUCUCACAAAGAAAAGCAACAAGCCGAAGGAAAAUUACACAAAAAUAUAUGAAGACAUGAAGAAGGUUGAAACCGAUGGUGUGGGAGGAAUAAGGAACAACGAAGGGACAGACAUCAUAGAAUGUCGAGUACAAUUGAAUUAUGUUAUUUAUAUACACUUGCUGUUUAGUUUCAAAUUUCAAUCACAUAAUGCUUGAUUUUGAUUUUGAUUAGUAUAUUUACUGUGUCCCAGCUGAAAACAAAU